AUGAUACGAGACGCAGAUGAAAUUCUGAUUCGCCUCAAAGCCAUCGCAAUCAACCCUGCAGACUACAAAAUGGUUGACCAGGGCCAUAGAGUCAAGGACUGGCCAUUUGUACCAGGCUUGGACGGAGCAGGCAUUGUGGAGGAAAUCGGAAGCAGCGUGAAAAGAGUAGGCCUGGGUGACAAAGUCCUGGCUCUGUUCACACCCGGCGAUCGUGCCGCAUCGUACCAGCAAUAUGCGGUCCUAAAGGAAGCGGACGUGGCUAGGAUUCCUGAAUCAUGGACACUUGAACAAGCCUCAACUCUUGGGGUAUGCUUUCUCACGGGCAUCAUGGCACUUGGCAUUGGGUUAAAGACUCCACUGCCUUUUCUCGAAGGCGGAGAGACGGCAGGAUUCAAUCCCUGUUCUGUCCUCAUACUCGGUGGAAGCUCAGCAGUCGGCGCUGCCACCAUUCAACUUCUUCGUCUUGCAGUCCCUGGCUGUAGAAUCCUGACCACAAGCUCUCCUCGGCACCAUGCUUACAUUAAGGAUACACUUGGUGCCGAUAGCGUAAUCGAUAGAGGGUCUGAGACAUUAGUCACACACGUCAAAUCGCAAACUCUAGAAUAUCGAGGCGUGGACGCGAUCAUCGAUGCCGUCGGCGCCGGUGGCUUACAGAGCCAUAUCUUUGAGACAUUUGAUGCCCAAGGGCCAAAGAAAUAUGCACAAGUGUGGACCGGUGACAACGAGAUCAAGGUCCCAAGUGGCAUCGAAUCAGUCUUAUUCAGGGGACGGGAUCUGCCUAAAUUGUCUGGAAAUGAGAAUAUAAUGAAAUCUUUGGAGAGAUUGUUGGAGGAAGAGAAAUACAAACUGCCACUUCCAGUGCACGAGGUGGGUCGUGGGUUUGACAAGCUAGAAAGGGGUCUAGAAUUGAUGCGCAAAGGCGUUAGCGGAGAGAAAUUGGUGGUAUCUGUGUAA